AUGUCCCCUAAUUUAUACGAGAGAGAAACAAAUCCACAUUCUCCGUUGUUUCUCCAAUUCCAGAUGGAGUCGUUCAUCGAGGCAUUUUGUGCCUUGGAUGAGGACAAUCGGGAAUUCGUGUCGUUGAAUGACCUGCACACGUACAAUGCAAAGCACAAUUUGGAAGACUCUUUCCCAGAGACAUUCAUGUCCGUGUUUGACCGGGAACAGUCCGGUAUCAUCACAAUGGAACAAUUUUGUCGCACAUUGGGCCUAGUUCCGAAGAAUGUACGGGAAUUCCGUCGCCGACGCACCACACAUAUACUGGAAGAAUUGACCCCACCAGAUUUGGAAAUGGUUCAUGACGACAUGGAUAUCAAUAUCAAAUUGCGAAUCUAUCAAAUACUACUGNCGACAAGCCGGUCAGGAGACAAAUAUCAACGUCGGACAAUUGGAUACAGCUGUUAA